CAAUUAUUGAAAAAUAUAGGGCACUUUAUGUAAUUUCAAUCGCUAUAAAACGCCAGCUAGGGUUUAUCGAACAUUUCCUGUGAGCAGGGUACUACGGCGCAAGAGGUGCAUCCUCCUCGUUGCAGAAAGAUCAGUUUAAAUUUGAAGGUAGGAGGAAAAUGUCUCACAGGAAGUUUGAGCAUCCCAGGCAUGGGUCACUUGGAUUUCUUCCAAGGAAGCGAGCUUCUCGUCAUAGGGGAAAAGUGAAGGCUUUUCCUAAAGAUGACCCAACCAAGCCCUGCAAGCUUACAGCUUUUCUGGGUUACAAAGCUGGGAUGACACAUAUUGUGAGGGAGGUCGAAAAACCUGGAUCAAAGCUUCACAAGAAGGAGACAUGCGAAGCUGUGACAAUUAUUGAAACUCCUCCAAUGGUCGUUGUUGGAGUCGUGGGUUAUGUGAAGACUCCACGUGGCCUUCGCUCUUUGAACACCGUGUGGGCUCAGCAUCUCAGUGAAGAAGUGAAACGUAGAUUCUACAAGAACUGGUGCAAGUCCAAGAAGAAGGCUUUCACUAAAUAUUCAAAGCAGUAUGAAACUGAAGAGGGGAAGAAAAGUAUCCAAGCACAGCUAGAGAAAAUAAAAAAAUAUGCAUCUGUUGUUCGGGUUUUGGCGCACACUCAGAUUAAGAAAAUGAAGGGACUGAAGCAGAAGAAAGCACACCUGAUGGAGAUCCAGGUCAAUGGUGGGACAGUUGCUCAGAAAGUUGAUUAUGCCUAUAGUUUCUUUGAGAAGCAAAUCCCUGUGGAUGCUAUUUUCCAGAAGGAUGAGAUGAUUGACAUCAUUGGUGUAACCAAGGGUAAAGGGUAUGAAGGUGUUGUCACUCGUUGGGGUGUCACCCGGCUUCCCCGUAAGACUCACAGGGGUCUUCGGAAGGUGGCAUGUAUUGGCGCCUGGCACCCUGCGAGAGUGUCGUUCACAGUUGCUAGGGCUGGUCAGAAUGGAUAUCACCAUCGUACUGAAAUGAACAAGAAGGUUUAUAAGCUUGGCAAGGCUGGGCAGGAGUCUCACACUGCCAUCACUGAGUUUGACAGGACUGAGAAAGAUAUCACUCCUAUGGGUGGCUUCCCUCACUAUGGUGUUGUAAAGGAAGAUUACUUGUUAAUCAAGGGAUGCUGUGUUGGGCCCAAAAAGAGGGUUGUUACUAUUCGCCAAUCCCUGCUCAAGCAGACAUCUCGUUUGGCCCUUGAGGACAUCAAACUCAAGUUCAUUGAUACGUCCUCAAAGUUUGGGCAUGGCCGCUUCCAGACCACACAGGAAAAACAGAAGUUCUAUGGACGGCUGAAGGCAUAAUAGUAGUUUAUGAAAUGUUUUUGAAGCAGUUCUUUCGGUUUAUGCUUACUGCGCAUGAUUUUGGAUGCUUGAAUUUUGAGAAGUCAGAACAGUUUUGGUGCAAGUUUUUGUUUCUUGGGAUAUUUGAACUGCAAAGCAUGCAGAUUUCAUUACUUGUAUGUUUUGUUGGUUUGUGCUCUUAACUGUUUGUGGUUUGAAUCACAUGCGAUUCUAGUUGACAUUUAGUGACAA